AUUGAAUGUUUGUUGACAAUUUACCAAUUGCAAAAAAUCAAAAAUAUAAAGACGAAUAAUAUUCCCGCGGGUGCAAACAAAUAUAGUAGAAAAACUUGGUGACGCCAUGAAAACUAUCAAAGUGCAAUAAAAGUGACCCAGUGGCCCCAUCAACACGGCCGGACUGCCCCCUCCCCCCCACUCGCGUCUAUAUCGAUCGCUGAAGAUCAGAGAUCGGAAAAUUGAAUUGAAUUAAGAAAAAGACAAAAGCCGUCGGCAAAAUGCAAGCAACUAAAAUGCGUACACCAUUUGCCAUCCAAGAGAUAUUGGGCUUAGGUGUGGGAGCAGCUGCCUAUCAGCAACAUCAGCAGCAACAACAACAACAACAACAACAACAGCAGCAGCAACAUCAUCAACAACAACAACAACAGCAAGUGGCUGCUGCUGCUGCCACACCUUCAAUUACAGAAGCUCCACUAUCGCCAGCAUCUUCGCCUCCGCCACGUAAUGCCAAUACGCCAAAUAGCGCCAAUCAGUCGCAGCAGCAGCAGCAGCAACAACAGCAACAGCAGCAACAACAACAGCAGCAGCAACAACAACAGCAACUUACCUCUACACAAUCUCAAACGAUGCAAAAUCAGGAUAAUAACAAUCCUAAUUGCAUUAAUGCCCGCCGUUCCAUAUCCCCCGAUGAUGUAUCACGUUUAUCGGCCGCUGCCACAGCUGCUGCUGCUGCCGCUGCUGCAGCGGCUGCCGCCCACUGCCAAUUGCCUGUCUUCAAUCCGGCCAAUUUUUAUGCAGCCGCCGGCUAUGCAGCAGCCGCCGAUCCAAAUAAUUCAGCCGCAGCAGCCGCCCAUCAUCAUCACAUGACAACGUUGGCAGCAGCCGCCUAUCUAAGAGGAUUCCUACCGCCCGGUUUUAGUACCCCUCAUGAGUUCCGUGGACAUUUCCAACAGCAUUUUGGUGCCCAGUUUGCAGAACAAGCUGCCGCACGUGGUCAGGAGUAUGCCAAUAAUUUGGCCAAUGCCAGCGGAGAUGAGCAAUCGCCCAGCAAGGCCAACAACAGCAGCAGCAGCGGUGGCGGCGGCAGUGCCAGCAGUGGCUCCGGCACUGGAUCAAAUCCAACGGGCAAUGGCCAAACAAAUGGCAAUCAUUUGUCCUCGCCAUCGAAUCCGGCCAGCAAUAGCCAGGCGAAUAAUGGUUCCAGCUCCAAUCCCGCCUCAUCUGCCAAUGGCUCAGCAUCCUCUUCCGCAGCUGCGGCUGCCACAAAUCGCUCAUCACCUUCAUCAUCGUCGUCUUCACACCAUGCUGCCGCUGCCCAUCAUUUGGCUGCCCACCAUUUGGCUGCACAUCAUCAUGCCGCCGCUGCGGCAGCAGCCCAUCAUGCCCAUGCCCAGCAGCAGGCAGUUGCAGCGGCAGCUCAUGUCCAUGCUCAUGGUCAUGCUGGUCAUGUCCAUCCACAUGCGGCUGCUGCCGCUGCUGCCCAUCACUCGGAGGCCGCGGCUGCAGCAGCUGCUGCCGCUGCCGCAGCCGCCGCUUUCGGUGGAGCCAAUCCCAAUGGUCUAUUGGGCUCACAUCAUCCUGGCGAUGUCCUAGUUGGCCCCGGCUCUGGUCCCGGCGGCAAAAAGAAAAACAAACGACGACAUGGUCGCACUAUAUUCACCAGCAGCCAAUUGGAGGAGUUGGAGAAGGCAUUCAAGGAGGCACACUAUCCGGAUGUGAGUGCCAGAGAAUUGUUAUCGAUGAAAACGGGACUUGCUGAAGAUCGGAUUCAGGUCUGGUACCAGAAUCGUCGGGCAAAGUGGCGUAAAACCGAAAAAUGCUGGGGACAUAGCACCAAAAUGGCCGAAUAUGGCCUCUAUGGGGCAAUGGUGCGUCAUUCCCUGCCGCUUCCGGAGACUAUCAUUAAGUCGGCCAAAGAGGAUGAGUCGGUGGCCCCCUGGCUGCUGGGCAUGCACAAGAAAUCACUGGAGGCGGCGGAGCUGCUAAAGAGCGAUGAAAGUGAUCGCGAGACACCAACAUCAGAUGACACGAAUACCAGCUAUUCGGCUGGCAGCACCCACAAUUCACCGAUCUCGAGUUUCUCCAUUUCCCGUCUCCUGUUCGAUGCCCCACCGCCGUCCACUGGCGGUGGCAAGCAGAGCAAGCAUCACCACCAUCAUGUAUCCCAUGCCCAGGCCCAGGCCCACAUAGCGGCGGCCAAUGCCGCAGCUGCGGCUGCCGCUGCGGCACAACAUCAUCAUCAUCAUGGCGGUGGCGGCGGGGCGGGAGAGUCGGCAUUUGCCCAACACCAUCAUCACCAUCAUCAGCAGCAGCAACAGCAGCAGCAUCAUGGACACCAUCAGGCUGGUCCUGGACAGCAUCAGCAUCAUCCGUACAAUCAGCAGCAGCAUUUGCAUCACUUGCAGCAAUUGCAGCAGCAACAUCAGCAGCACCAACAACAGCAACAGCAGCAGCAGCAACAGCAGCAGCAACAACAACAGCAGCAACAGGCCGCUGCAGUGCAUCAGGCCAUGCACUUGCAUCAUCAUCAUGGCUCUGCCUCUGGCUAUGCCGAGGCGGCAGUGGCCGCCGCUGCUGCUGCUGCCGCUGUGGCAGCCGCUGCCAAUGCACGCAACGCAGCGGCCGCUGCUGCAACUGCUGCUGUGGCUCGGGCCGAGUCCUCGGAACUGGACGAUCUCGAGCAGGACGACGAUGACGAUAUGCUGGACAAGGACUGCGAUGCCGAUAUGGAUGAGGAUCCAGUUGGCGGCUCUGCUGCAACUGGGGACAAUGCUGCUGCCUCCGAUAUGCCCAGUAGCGGGGACAUUGACGACGAUGACGAUGGCGAUGGUGAGGGAGAAAUUGAUAUUUGCGAUGACCAUGAUGAGACUCAGUCGCAUCAGCAGUUGCUGCUCAAGAUCAAACAGGAGCAGGCUGCUGCAGCAGCUGCCUCGUCGAGUGGAGCCAACGAAAUGGCAUCCUCUAGAUGAAACAUGUUUAUCGAUGUCUUGUUCUAAGCUAAUGACAACAAAUGGCAGACAACGAAUUAUGCAACACACACACACACACAAAACCCACACACACACACACACAUUACAGAGUUAGAAUUAUGUAUUUAUUGGUGAAGUAUGCAAUGAUCUGAUCUUAGAAUGAAUGCGAGUUAUGACCAGCUACAGCAGGGAAGGAGUGAAGAAGGGAAACAGAAAGAGAGCGAUUGAGAGUGAGGAAAGAAAUUGCUUUCUCUAAUCCAGGAAAAAUGAAAUUUCAUAUAUCUAGCAUAUUUUUGAGGCACAUUUUCACUAACCAAAAUUAAAAAGUUUGCAGAGACCUCA